CAAGGAACGCUACUGUCUACAGUCGUUCGCCAUGUCUUCUUCUAAGACUAAUAUCGUGAUUAUCGGCGCAUCAUACGCUGGCAUUGGUCUGGCUCAAGCCCUACUCAAAUCAAUGCCCAAAAACAUCCGAAUCGUACUCGUCAACCCAUCCGACAAGUUCUUUUUCAACAUCGCCUCACCCCGUAUUCUAGCCCGACCGACCGCUUUCCGCAAGGAUCAAUACCUUAUCCCCAUCAUCGACGCGUUUGCCACGGCCCCGGUCGGUGCUUUCGAGUUCAUCCAAGGUCAGGCAGUCGAUAUCGACCCAUCCACCAAAAAUUUGACGCUCGCCAAUCAGCAGUCCCUCAAGUUUGACUAUCUGGUCAUCGCAUCCGGUAGCUCCACGGCCUCCUCGACAGGUACUGGCAGCAUUUUGGCCCCAUUCAAAACAACUGGAGACAAUCAUCUUGAAGCAGCCAUCGAAAUCGCGCAGCAUGAGAUCUCGACUGCGAAAAACAUUGUCAUCGGUGGUGCCGGCGCAGUCGGCGUGGAAUUCGCUGGUGAACUGGCUGAGGCACUCCAAGACCGAUCCAAUGUACGCAUCACACUUAUCUCGUCGUCGUGGCACGUGCUCCCCGCCCUGAAGAAGGCCGGAUCGGAACGCGCGGAGUCUAUACUGGCUGAGAAGGGAGUGACAUUAAAACGGUCGUGUAAGGUGCGAAAGGCGGUGCAAAAUCCCAAGACUAAGAAAUGGUCGGUCACUUUGGACAACGACCAGAUCAUUGAGGCCGAUGCGUACAUCUCGACGACUGGAGUAAUUCCCAACAACCAGUUUAUACCCCCGCAGUUUCUGGAUACCAAAGGGUGGGUGAAUGUCGACAGCGAGAUGCGUGUCAAGGGGCCCAUUUACGCCAUUGGUGACAUCACAUCCCAUCCAGCCCGUCUGUUGCUUAAAGCCCAGGAGCAGAUUCCCAUUGUUUGCGCAAACUUGAAGAAUGAUAUCUUGGGUCAGGGCAAGCGAAAGACGUAUACUCCCGAUGACAAGGUCAUGCUCUUGGUGCCGGUGGGUUCAUCCAGCGGAACCGGUCAGAUGUUUGGUAUGGUUCCUUGGGGUAAAAUGGUUGGGAUGAUCAAAGGAAAGGACUUCUUCGUUUCAAAGGCACGAAGUAUGAUUGGGGUGAAAUAG